UUCAAAUACCAAGUUGGAUUGGAUAUUAUAUAUAGGUCAUCCAUUUGCUGAGUUUUUGUUUGUUUCUCUCUGUCUCUCUUUCAGUCAAAGAUGUCAAAUUAUCUGCUAAGGAUAUCGGUUGCUCUGCUCUUUAUGUCAAUAGUUGCACAGAUAUCAGAAGGGGAAUUUGAGCAAUGGUGCAUAGCAGAUGAGCAAAGCUCAGAUGAUGAGUUGCAGGGAGCCAUAGAUUGGGCAUGUGGGAAAGGAGGAGCUGACUGCACUGAGAUUCAGAUUAACAAAACUUGUUAUUUACCAAACACUCUCAAAGACCAUGCUUCUUAUGCCUUCAACAGUUACUUCCAGAGAUUCAAAAAUAAAGGAGCCACUUGUUACUUCAGAGGAGCAGCCCUUAUCACUGAGCUAGAUCCCAGUUACAAAGCAUGUCACUAUGAAUUCCUUCCCUGAGAAAAGAAAGAGUGUCCCAAAAGGCAAAGGGCAAGACAAUCGAAAUGAUGAAAGAAGGAUGAAGAUCCAUUAAAUUUUCUUCUUCCAUUUGUCUCCUUAUCAUUACUCAUCGGAGCAAUUGUAAUGUGCACAGUAACUGUUUUAAAUUAUUAUUUUUGGGCAUUAGUUUU